GGCGCAUCCGUCAGCUCGGGCUCGCGCACUAGCAUCAGCACCUCGCUGCAACUGAACAGCGACCAUAUAUAAGCACAUGUCUGCGAUAAGAUGCUGCGCUGUGUGUUAUUGGGAAAAUAAUUUUUAAAGAAUCACUUUGCUGCAUGCUGUUGCGCGAGGACCGCGCGUUUUGUGUUUAUCACCAUCAGCAUCUUUUUAUGUUCUCCAGUCUGAUUUGCACAGGGUUUCCUCGCUAUGGAAGGGAUUGGAAACACACAAAGGAAAGACACAAAAUUAGCCCAGUUCUGCCUAUGAGAUGCACUGCUUUUAUUUAAAUAACUGACCCACGCUUGCUUUAUAAACCGGAUGCGUUGAAUCGUUUGUUUGGACUACAUGUCGCUUUUCCGUCCUCGCGCAUUUUGUCCAAAGAAGCCGCGUCAACAAAAUGUUGGGUAGGUCGUUCACCCGGAGUAAACAUAACCAUACAAUCUUUAGGCAGCACCGGCUCUCUCUUUAGCACUGACAUGCCCGCGCCCAGCAGAAACGCCGGGAUCAAAGGGCUGCAGAUACACAGCCGUGACCUGGAAGGAGGAAGGAAAACGGGCUCACACCGGGUGUCCGAUUCGGUGGAGGCCGGAUCACAUCUGCUGGGGACGAGCAUCAAGGGCAGUGCGGCACUCCGGCGCUUCAGGAUCAGGCGAAACGGAUCAUAGAUACACCCUUAAUGCCAAAACACCGCUGGGUUGCUAUUACAGUCAUUCAUUUGCCUCAAAGAUGUACCAAAACAUCACACUGGAGCUGUAAAUACCGACAAAACAUGUCGCAUUUGAAGGAUUUCUCGAGGAUAUGUUGAGUUUGUAAUGAAGACGAAGAUCUGUCAACAUUACAAGGGUCGUAAAAAGGGCCAAUGAAUAUAUUGCUUAAAUACAUCCUCAUUUUUCCGUCGCUCGCCACAUUGACACCCCUAAUAAGCAGGACCAUGGGUUGCAUUCAAAGCAUCGCCUGCAAGCCCCGCAUCCGAAGGGAGAACAUAGUGGUCUAUGAGGUGUCAGCCUCCAUUGACCAAUGCCCGACCAUCAUUGAAGAAAACUCACCCAUUGUGCUUCGAUACAAGACCCCUUACUUCAGAGCAUCGGCUGGGAUCGUGAUGCCCCCUGUCCCCAGAAACGAAACAUGGACUGUGGGGUGGAUUCAGGCGUGUACCCAAAUGGAGUUCUUUAAUACAUAUGGUGAUAUUGGCAUGUCCAGCUGGGAACUCCCAGAACUUCGUGAAGGACGGGUAAAGGCGAUCAGCGAUUCAGAUGGCGUCAGUUACCCGUGGUACGGUAACACUACCGAAACGGUGACACUCUCAGGCCCCACGUCCAAACCCUCCCGGUUAACGGUGAGCAUGAAUGACAACUUCUACCCUAGCGUGACGUGGGCAGUGCCCAUCAGCAACAGCAACACGCCCAUGCUCACGCACAUCACGAGAGACCAGAGCUUCAUCACUUGGCUGGUGGCGCUAAACGCAGACACCAAAGAACGUAUCGUUCUUCAGACUGUGCGCUGGCGGAUGCGGGUAGACAUUGAAGUGGACCCGUCCAUGCCUCUAGGUUCUCGUGCGAAACUCAUGGGACGGCCGCACCAAGAACAACCGCACAUUCUCAGCAACAAUGAACCCAUUCCGCCAAACGCGCUGGGCAGGCCCAAUGCCAACGAUGCCCAGGUGUUAAUGUGGAGGCCUAGGAGGGGACAACCACUGGUUGUUAUACCACCAAAAUAGGGUUGUAUUAACAGUGCCUACAGAACGAUAACACCUUAAAGGGUUGAUGACUGCAUGCACUGUUUGAAUCAUACGGAUUUAGGUGUCCUGCGGAUUGCCAGUUUUUUUGGCCUACUUUAUUCCGGUUGACUGUUGAAUGGGGCAUAGCCUGUGUCCAAAAUGAAACUGGACUGUUUUUCAAAUGCACAGUCCUCAUUUUAUUUAAUGACAAGGAAUGACCAGUCAUGAAUCUGAACUGUAUUUCGGGAUAGAUGCUAUAUAAUGCAUGAACGAGAUUGAAUGUUUAGUCCCCUAUGACACAAAGUAAACUCAGUUGCAAACAAUGAAGAGGGAAAUUAACUUUUAAUUUAUAAGAGAUCUCCUUGAAACUACUAGCAAAUAUCUUUUACAUACUAUAAGACAAAUAGGCCGCAUGAAGACAUUCACCCGCUGAGGUGGAGUACAUGUAAUAAUGGAAGUGCAGUGGGGCUGUGCAGGUACAAUAUGUUCAUCCAGUCAGAUUCAUCUUGGCACGGAGUUGAAGUUUGUUUGUACUCACACGCAAGUCCAUUUGAGUUUACGCAGUGGGUGCUGCACCAUAGGCAUAUGACAGAUUAGUCACAUGCUCCAUCUGUGGUAUUCUCCAUGUCUAUCUGUCUCUCUGAUCUUUCAAGCUGUCUCAUCACUCUCCCCUUACCCACUGAGACUCCUUGGGUAAUUAUGACACAGAUGAGAUUAAGUUUCCAUUACAAAUAUCAGGUUUACCUUGAACCCCUGAAGUUGUUUGGUUUUCAAUAGGAUAAAAUGACAGUUGGCCAAAAAUGCUGUCCAACCAUCUCUGAGUCUCUUGUUGCCCAUGUUUAUGUUAUUUAAAACAAAGAUUAAUUGCUUUCAAAACAUGCAAAUGAAUUAAAUAAAUCAUGCCCAUAUGAUAAA